AUAUAUUUUCUGGAUGGCUUGACACUGAUUGUCCAGAGAAGGAGGGCGAGGAGUGUUCUGCUUUAGUUUUCUGUAGUCUAUGGCCACUUUCUUUGUUGUUGUGUAUAGUUAUUAAUAUAGGGGACACGUUUUUAUGCCUCAUAGAAGUUUGUUUUCUAAGAAGUUGCCAAUAACUGGCUGUGGAGUCCAACGUUAACCUGAACUUAUUCAGACUGCUAACCGCGAGCGAGUGGACUCGGAUUUUAUUUGUGUUUUAUCGAAAGGAAAAUGAGAAAAGAACAUGAGUUUUGCUCAUAAUUUUAAACAACGAGGGGUUGUUUACAAAAGGGGGGAAAUGACUCUCUACUAGCACAAGAAGACACAUAAAGACAUAAAGGAACAGUUAGAACCAUAAACCUUGUGGUGCUCCUGUUUUUACUUAUCAUUUCUGGAUUAAUUGACAACAGAUUACGUGGUUUUUCCUGUCCGUCCUUGUGAGGAAAUCCGUGAUGCAUUCACCAAUGGAGAACUGAGGGUGAGCCCCCUCUCAACAUGCUGGCUCUGAGGCUGGAGCAGGGCAGGCGAGGGGGUGGUGAGGUUGAUCACCUGCAGAAAGGGGCCACCGUGGCUUUGCAGGGCCAUCAGUCAGGGAGGCCCCCUUCUCACGAGCAAGGCAUUAACAUCAGGGAGAAGAUCUCCCAGUGGGAAGGUCGCAGUCAGCAGGGCAGCAGCCAGGAUGCCGGGAUGAAAGCACACUCUCCGACUGUAUCCCAAACUCUGUCUGGAGAUGUCCUGGGCAACGGAUGUUCCAACGAUGGAUCGAGAGGGGGGCUUCACGCAAAAGCCAACCUCUCAAAAGCUAAGAGCUUUGGUUUAGAUUUUCGGGAAUGCCCAGCACAAGCUGGACAUAGUGUGGUUGGUAGGAAGUCAGAACCUCUGCAGAAUUGUUCCACUGAAUUUUCAACCACAACCCCAGGAAAUAAACCACUUGCAGCGCAAAUAUUUGCGUCUCCCAAAGUGGAGGCUUAUUCUGCUAACUCUACAGGUAAACAAAUCUUCACUGCCAAUGGCGACCAAAAAACAGAUCGCAUCUUGGAUGUUGAAGUCAUUUCUAAACCUCUACCUCUAUCAACUGAUGACCAAGAAGAUAACAUGCCAGCUGGAAACUUCUACACUUCAAGGGGUUUCUGGCAUAAGCUUGAGGGGGACAGACUGCUCUGGGAGAAAGGCAGGGAGUCUUCAGGUGAAGCUCAGCCUCCUCCCAAACCUCAGCGGACAUUCAAGUAUCGGGGAGCCAACAACACAGAGCACACAAUCCGAUGGGACAGCAGAUCCCCUCAUAACAACCACUCCAACGUGAGGAGUAGGAGGGUAGCUCACCCACCUAACUUUCCACCUCCUCCAUGUCCGGUUGCAAAGACUAAUGGGCUUUCAAGGCAUAAAAAGAACAGGAAGUCUUUUGAGUACGAGGAUGCGGCGCGUCUGACGGCCAAGCAAGACACACUGGGAGACCAGGCCAGCAACUCAGGCCUUUACCAUGCCUACUCUGAUGACAAUAUUUACGAGGACAUCGUUUGUGAAGUCACCAGAGAUAACCCCUAUGACGAUGUCAAGCUAUCUCCCAUGUGUCUCCCUAUUGGAAGGCCUCACAUCCCAAAGCUUCCUCCUAAACCCCAAACGUUGCAAGGCUAUGCUGGCAAAAUGGAGAGGAAGAGGUUCCAAGCAUCAACAUCAUCCAAAUCCUCAACCCUUGUAGAUACUCCCAAACCAGCUACACCCCUGCGCACAAGCAUUCAAAAAACACAGAGGACACCUCAGUACGUCAACAAGAUUGAGACCAUCUUUGACGACAAGCGAGGGAGGAAGAGAGUAAAGAACCAGGGAAUUUCAGUGCAAGAGGAGACUAGCGGGACAGAGAGCGAUCCUGAGGACAGCACCAAAGGCUCCAGGAGAUCAGUUUACAUCCAAUCUACACUGAAACGCCGGCCAGGCUACCGCACCCUGGAGAAAGACCUGAUCCAUCUGCAGCAGCAGCAGCUUUUCCAGAUCUUCGUGGUGGUGUCACUGAGAAAAGGCACCCCAGGAAACACCUACUGCCCUGAAAUCACGCAGCAGUUCCCCAAAAUGUUUGAGAAGUCAUCCCGGCUCUCCAGAGAGGCUGAGGAUCAGCUGAAAGUCAUUCCCAAGUUCUGCUUCCCCGAUUCACAGGACUGGAAGCCCUCUGCACACAUGCCAAGUGAGACCUUCUCCUUUGUCCUGACCGGAGAGGAUGGCAGCCGCUGGUUUUGUUACUGCCGUAAGAUUUUACCCAGUGGAAAAGGGAAGAGGCUUCCUGAGGUGCACUGUAUUGUCAGCAAACUGGGCUGUUUCAACCUGUUUGCAAAGAUUUUGGAGGAAGUGGAGAGACGCAGGGAGAUUUCCCCAGCGCUGGUUUACCCUUUUAUGCGUAGCGUGAUGGAGGCCCCGUUUCCAGCCCCUGGACGCACAGUCACUGUCAAAAGCUUCCUCCCUGGCUCUGGGAAUGAGGUACUGACUUUGUGUCGGCCAGUGGACUCCAGACUGGAGCACGUUGACUUUGACAGUCUGCUGCAGUGUCUCAGUGUCGGGAAACUCCUGCAGGUGUUUGCCUCCCUUCUGCUUGAGAGGAGGGUCAUCUUAAUCGCUGACAAACUCAGUGUGUUGUCUCGGUGUGGCCAUGCAGUGCUGGCGCUGCUCUACCCCUUCACCUGGCAGCAUACCUUUGUGCCUGUGCUACCAGCCAGCAUGCUGGACAUUAGCUGCUCCCCCACCCCAUUCCUCAUUGGGGUCUUGGCACCCUGCCUGCCACAGCUGCUGGAGCUGCCCAUUGAGGAGGUGCUCAUAGUGGAUCUGUGUGCAGACAAGUUUGUCAUUCAGCUGGGCGAUGAAGACUGCAUCCUGCCCAGUAAACUGCAGGCAGCACUGCUGCAGAUCCUGGAGGAGAGGGAAGACAUCCUAAGACAGGAGGGUGGAGACAGAUGUGGAGGUCAGCAGUCUGACCUGAGCUCUCUGGUUUCGGAGGGUUUUGUGCGGUUCUUCGUGGAGCUGGUGGGCCACUAUCCUCUCCACAUGGUCGAGUCGUCCAACGGAAGCAGGGAGCUCCAGCGCGACAGCUUCCGCAAAUCUCACCCCUCCCGUGGAGUCCGCCAGUUCCUGCAGCUCUUCAUGGAUACUCAGAUGUUUGCCGGCUUCAUUCAGGACAAAGAGCUGUGCAAGGGAGGAGGAAGAGGUCUCUUUGAGGUCAGAGUAGUGGAGUAUCUGGAUUCGUACCCUGAGCCAGAGCCAAGUGGUGUGAACAAGUUUCUUAAAGGACUGGGAAACAAGAUGAAGCUCCUACAAAUUAAAUGACAAAAAGACCAACACCCUGGCCUGGAAAGACUUCGUAAUUAAAAACGGAACACUUGGUGCUGAUGGACUUGCUGAGGAAAUGAAUGUGGAAGAGAGUCUUGUGUCUGGAUGAAUGAUGUAAAAGCGACGGUGAAGAGUUUGGAUAUGAGAGGACCAGGCUCAUGUUAUAGCCAUGUGUGCAUGUCUGGGAGUAGUGCACUUCUUAUUGGACGAAAACUGGAAACAGUUUUUAUGUUUCUUUUCUAGCAUUGUUUUAUGAAGCAUUCAGCACAAGGCACUGUGUCUUUGGAAAACUACAAAAAAACAUUCCAGCUACUUAACCUCAGUUAUCAACCUGAACAUGUGUGGUUGUAACUAUUUUCUCUUUGUCCUUGAAUGGAAACAUGUUUACUUGCAAGACUUUCACAUUUAGAUUUAGCUCUACUGCACAAUGUGCGCAUUUUACAUAAAUGCAACUUUAAUGUUACAUUCCAAUCUUGUAUGUACUUUACAACUGAAAAUAAUGUCCGUGGUUCCAACCCGGUGCAUGUUUUUUUUUAUGUAAAACUUCGUUCUCCACAUUGCAUUUGUUUAAGCACGAACUGGAAAAACCUUUUUGUUUACUGUGUUUCUAUUUGUUUGCAUUUCAGAUUAAGUAGAGGUUUAUUAACGCUGAUGAGAACAUUUCAAAGUUUUUAGGCUCCAGGUUAAACCUUCAAUCAAAAUUAGUAUUUACAUUUUGAGGACAUUAAGUCUGUUUUUUUCUUCUGUCCUUGACCUUUUCCUUGUUAACUGGAGUUGUAAAUAAUUAUUUUUUUUUUUUUUUACAUUUUUGCACAAUGUUGAGAACCAGUGUACAGUAUUUGGAAUAUUUUUGUAUAAAAGCAUGUGUCCUACAUACUUAAAUAAAUAAAUGGGUUCCCAGGGACAGUA